AUGGGGCUUUCUUUUCAAAUUCACCUUUUCACAGCUUUUCUCUCCUGUAUUAAGAUCUAUCCUCAAGUGGCACAACCUGUGAAGCAUCCAGGCCUGCAGGUGUUGGCCCAGGCCUCACAUUAUUGGCCUCUCGAUGCUGUGGAAGGGAUCUAUGAACUGUGGGACCAGAUUGGAAACAGACCAGGUUAUGUUAACGGAAGUAACAUAAAUAUUGUUGAAGGAAUGGUCAACAAGGGCAUCUUCCUGAAUGGAGACAACGGUGGUACCUUCCUCCACUUUGGAAACUACCAGAACUCAUGCAUUAGCGACCCUACUCUGUGCGGUCCUGAGGGGAUUACCUUCUCCUUUUUUUGGAAGAACCAUGAACAAGAGCCAGGUUUUGCCGUAACCUCUGGAGGGAAAGUUGUCUCUAAUGGCUUCUCUGUCUACACCAAUCCUUACAGAGGUUACGUGGAGUUUUACACUCGAGGCAACAACUACAGAUGGAAGGCCAAUAUCGAUGUUCCAGGGCCUUACUGGACCCACAUUCUGUUCACAUGGACAAAAGUGGACGGCCUGAAGGUCUACACCAAUGGUACCCUCACUGCUGAAGACAAAACCGGCAGUGUCUCCGAAAACUAUGGCGACCCCAACCCUGGCCUUGUCAUUGGAACUGACAACAACAGGGCUAACGGUCACUAUGUAACAGGGGCCUUUGAUGAGUUUGUCAUCUGGGAAAGGGCCCUUUCUCCGAACGAGAUCAUGCUCUACUACAGCGCAGCCAUAGGUCAACCCGUGGUUUCUACCACAACACCCAGUAUCUCCAAAGAACUCACUUUAACUUUACCAACAGCUAGAGCCAUUGAAGAGAGUUCUGCUGUCGUCAACAGCCAGCAAGAGGAGGUCCAAAGCUCCCAGGACACAGAGUCCAUGCCAAUGUUGGGCUUCCUGAAGGGGCUGCCCAACAGGACCAUUUCUAACAACACUGCCAACAACCUCACACAGACUUUUCUCAAAAGUGUGGAAGAAGUGCUGUCCGCUCCGGGGUCGCCAGAGCAGUCCACCCCUGUGGUCAGCGGUCUGAUCGAGACCGUGGACAGAGUGAUGGAACACAUGGUGACUAACCUGGAGCCCAGCCCGAACUCCCUCAUCUCCCUGGGUGGAACAUCUUUUGUUGCAGAUUACUCUCUGAUGAAAUUCCCACAGAACUACAACAUGCAGCAUUACCGAUUCCCCGAACAGGGCAAGAACUACAUCUCCGUGCCUGGCGAGGCUUUCACCAUGCAGUCUCAAACCACCAUCGUUGGUCUCUUCUACCACAACAUGCACAGCUACUACAAUGAGAUCAGUCCUGUCAAGACCAGGAUUCACGAAGCAGCUGAUUUCAAGGAUCAUAAGAUUCAAGUAGCAAGUUGCCUAAUUUCUCUGAAAGUGGAGCCUUCACCGGCAUUGUCAAUCAACCUGUCUGGAGCUCCACUCAUCAAGAUUGUUCUCACCCACGUCCUGACUAAAGAACAGCAGGACCAAGUAUUAAAUCAGAGCAAUAAAGUCUUCCUCUACUGUGCCUUCUUGGACUAUAGUUCAAAGGAGGGAGUAUGGUCCAACGAAGGUUGUGUACGCUCAGAUGGAAACAUGACAUACUCUGUGUGUCUCUGCAACCACCUCACCAACUUUGCCAUCCUUAUGCAAGUAGUGCCCAUAAAGCUCACCACCGUCCACCAGGUGGCACUGUCAACCAUUGGUUAUGUUGGAUGCUCAAUUUCCAUCUUUUGUCUUGCCAUCACUCUGGUCACCUUUGCAGUCCUGUCGUCAGUGAGUACCAUCCGUAACCAGCGUUACCACAUCCACGCCAACCUGUCCUUCGCCAUCCUGGUGGCUGAGAUCUUACUGCUCAUCAGUGCUCGUUUCAGCCCCGGCACGCUACCUUGUAAGGUAAUGGCUGUCCUACUUCACUUCUUCUUUCUGAGUGCAUUCGCCUGGAUGCUGGUGGAGGGCCUCCACCUCUACAGUAUGGUGAUCAAAGUGUUUGGCUCUGAAGGAAGCAAACACUUCUACUACUACGGCAUUGGUUGGGGCUCUCCACUGGUGAUCUGUGUGGUGUCAAUGACAUCAGCUCUGGACAGUUAUGGUGAAGUUGACAACUGUUGGCUGUCACUGAAGAAUGGAGCCAUCUGGGCGUUUGUGGCACCGGCUCUGUUUGUCAUUGUGGUGAACAUUGGCAUUCUGAUAUCUGUGACCAGAAUUAUAUCUCGUAUCAGCGGAGAGAAUUACAAGGUUCACGGAGAUGCUAAUGCUGUAAAGCUAACAAUAAAGGCAGUGGCUGUACUCCUGCCUAUACUUGGCAUUUCCUGGAUCUUCGGUGUCCUAGCUCUUAACACGCACUCCCUGCCGUUCCUAUAUAUCUUUGCAGUAUUCAACUCAUUACAAGGGUUCUUUGUCUUCUUGUUUCACUGUCUUCUCAACUCUGAGGUCAGAGCUGCUUUCAAACACAAAACCAAGGUGUGGUCUCUUACCAGCAGCUCCAUCCGAAACAUCAAUGUGAAGCCCUUCAACUCUGACAUUAUGAAUGGAAACAAGGAGGGAGUGACUCCCACUAAGAUGAACACAUGGGACAAAAGCACCAACUCAGCCAAUCGUAUCGACCUCUCCGCCGUGUAAAACCACCAGCCACCGAUUUCGUCUGUGGCAGCAGCGCAAUCUGAAGCUUACUAGUGUAGAAUGACAAAACACUGAAUGCCAGAGUAUUUUUUUCCACUAUUUUACGUGUUGAAUUGGACACUCAUCCGAGCCUCAAGUGAAAGUGAUACCAAAGGAGGUGUCAUGUAGCUAAGUAAUAGCUUCACCUUAAAAGACAAACAGACUCUAAGAACUGUGCCUUAUUAAUAUCUCAUUUAAAAACAUAUUGUG